AUGGCGCCGUUGCAGAGUCGCCUCCUCGUGGGCUGCGGCCUCCUCUCCGCCGCCUUCGCCGCCGAAAACGUGCUGUCCCUGACGCUCUCCGAAGAGGCCCCCAAUAACGUCUCGACAACCGUCGACCCCUCCUUCGCCGGGUUCGGCAUCGAGCUCGACCACCUCUACUACUUCAUGGGCGACGAGACACCAAACGAUCUGUCCAUCAACCUGCUCAACAACCUGGCCAACUUCACCGGCCGGCCACCGUACGUGCGGCUGGGAGGAAACACGCAAGACUACGUCAUCUAUGAUGACUCGCAAGACGAAUGGCUCGUCAAGCCGAACCCGCGGCCGGCCGCGUCGGGGAGCGUGCCAGCGGAUAACUUCAUCAUCGGCCCCCGCUUCAUGGAGAUCGCCAACCGGAUGCCCAAGGGCACGCCCAUCACCUGGGGCCUGAACCUGGGAUACGACGAGCCCGACUACCUCGACCAGCUCACCACCAUGGCCUCCCAGAUCAUCGACCGAUGCACGAACCUCAACCUCAUGUCCUUCGAGUUCGGGAACGAGCCGGACCUGUACGGCGACAACGGCUUCCGGUCCGGGGGCUCGUGGUCCGGGUCCGAGUACACAAAGGAAUGGCGGGAGCGCGCCGACGCCGUCUGGGCGGAGGUCCUCGAGCCCCGCGGCCUGCACAGCAACUUCUUCGAGGCCUCGGCGUCGACGGCCUGGGUCGCCGGCACGGGCUUCGAGAUCAAGGACCUCGUGGACUAUGGCAUCGACGACAAGGCCAACAACUCGGACGUCGGCUACGUCACGAGCUGGAACCAGCACAACUACUACUAUUUUGUCGGAGCCUUCCCCUACCCUCUGACGCUCGACUACAUGAUGCGUUUCGACACGACAAAGGCCCAGUUCGACUCGGCCAUCGAGGCCCAGAUCGACCAGGCCGAGCAGACGACGCACCCGUUCGCGCUGCGCGAGAUGUCCGUCGUCGGCCCCCUCGGCGUCGAGGGCCUCAGCGACACCUUCGCCUCGGCCCUGUGGACCCUCAACUUCCUCCUCUACGCCACCACGAUCAACAUCUCGUCCGUCCAGUUCCACAUGACGUACGACAGCAACGCCAGCGCCUGGCAGCCGACGGCCAUGUUCGGCCGCGACCGCUUCGUCCGGCCGCUCUACUACGGCAUGGCCGCCUUCGCCCAGACCAUCGGCCGCUCGUGCAAGGCCCGCGUCGCGCAGGCCGAGAUCGCCGACUACCCGGCCGGCUACAACGAGUAUGUCAAGGCCUGGUCCGUCUACCAAGGGGACGCGCUCGCCUCCCUCGUCGUCCUCAACGGCAAGGUCGCCAACGUGUCCGAGUCCGCCAAGGGCAGCAUCACCGUCGACGUGACGCUGCCCUCCUCCCUCGCCGGCGAGACGCUGCACCUGUCCUACCUGACGAGCGACGGCGCCGACGCCACGAGCGGCACGACGUGGAACGGCAUCAGCUUCGAGCAGGGCAACGACGGCACGCUGACGCAGGUCUCGGACGAGGACGUCACCGUCGAGGUGGGCAGCGACGGAAGGGCGAGCAUCCCCGUCCGCGACUCCGAGGCCGUCGUCGCCACCAUCGGCGGCCGCGUCGGCAGUGGGGAGCCCGACGACGCGGCGUGCGGCGCGCUCGCCACGUCGUCGCAGGGCGUCGGUUCGCUGACGAGCUCCACGCCGGGCUCCUCGGGGGACCCGAGCAACAACGCCUCGUCGGAUGGCGGGAGCGGCGACGGGGACGGUGAUGAUUCGGGCGCGGCGGCGCUGUUCGGGAAGAGUAUCUACACUUGCAUUGCGUGGAGUUUGGCACUUAGCAUUGGCGUCUUUUACUUGUAG